AUGGCAGGAAAUAGAAUCUCUUUCAGUGAGGUUUGGAAACAAAUGAUAGAGAUAUUAAACAAAGAGGAACUAGCAGAAGCAGCUCUCAUAGUUAGAUUAAUCUGGUUCAGAAGAAACAAUUUGCUCCAUGAAAACUCCUACUCUCCUCCUGGGCUAAUAAUUCAAGCGGCUAAAAAGGAAAUGAAGGACUUUAAGGAAGCCACGGGUAAGCCACAGAUCAACCUUGUCCACAACUCAGAUCAAACACUCAGUUUAUGGAAGAAGCCACCAGAGAAUUUCUAUAAGCUUAACUGGGGUACAGCCACUGAUAAAGGAGCAGCAAAAGUGGGAAUUGGAGCUAUUAUAAGAGACUCAAAUGGCCAGGUGAUCGGAUCUCUGCAAGCUACAAGACAAUUGACAUCUGACCAAUUUACUGCUGAAUCAUAUGCUCUAUUGAUAGCUACAACUUUCAGCAAAGAAAUUGGUACCACAGCAGUGAUAGUGGAGGGAGAAACUCAAAAAGUACUAAACCUCUUAGGGAGUGGAGCCACUGAUUGGAGUCAAGGAGGACUUCUUGUUGAAGAAGCAAAAGCCAUCCUCAACUCAUGUCUAUCAUGGUCGGCCAACUUAGUCAACAAGGAGGCCAAUAAAGCAGCCAGUUCUUUAGCUAGAAAUGCUCUCGUGUUGUAUGAGGAUCUAUGUGAGUUGGAAGAAAUUUCUAACUGUAUCUUAUCCACUGUUCUCAGUGAGAUGAUGUAA